AUGUAUACUACAGUAGACAUCAAUUUGCACAGCGAUUUGCGAAUACUCGGGAACGACGUUGUAUCUCAAAGUUUCUUCAUUGACGUCAAGAUGAUUGAUAGGCAGAUGGCCGAAACAUGUACUUCCAAUGUUUCCGGACUUUUGUCUUCGUCAAAGUGGAUAUUAUCGUUCAAUAGGACCGGCAAUUUGAUGCAAUAUCAAACACGCAAGGCUGUGAAACCUUUCUCCAGACUCCGUGUAUCGCCUAGCUUCAUUUCUCAAGAUUGUAUCCGAGAAUCUCCUAUGCGGAUUGUCAUUUGCUAG